AUGUCCUUCUACGUAUAUACAUGUAUAUUGUCAAUGAUAAUUUUUGUACUGCCAUGGUAUACCAUUUAUGGGUAUGUUUAUUGUCUCUAUGCAUCAGAUGAGAUCAGGACAGGACCCUAUCGUCAACUUUUCCACCCCGAACAACUGAUUACGGGCAAAGAGGACGCCGCAAACAACUACGGUCGAGGUCACUACACCAUCGGCCGGGAGCUAAUAGAGCUGACACUGAACCGCAUUCGCAAGAUGGUUGAACGUUGUUCCGGUCUGCAGGGCUUUGUGACCUACCACUCCUUCGGCGGCGGCACCGGCGCCGGCUUCACCUCCCUCCUGCUGGAGCGA